UGCAAUGGUCGUUCCAGACUUUGAGCUGAUCUGCGAGAUCAUGCUGGUGGCAGAAGGAUUCAUUGAAGCACGGUCAUUAGCCAGAAAGUUCAUCACCCUUUACCAGUUGUGCAAAGAGCUGCUCUCUAAACAGGAUCACUACGACUGGGGCCUGCGGGCCAUCAAGUCUGUGCUGGUGGUGGCUGGAUCCCUGAAGCGAGGGGACCCUGACCGCCCUGAGGACCAAGUCCUGAUGCGCUCCUUGCGAGAUUUCAACAUCCCCAAGAUCGUGACCGAUGACAUACCAGUGUUCAUGGGCCUGAUCGGGGACCUCUUCCCUGCCCUGGAUGUCCCCCGGAGGAGAGAUCUCAACUUCGAAGCGUUGGUUCGGAAGGCAGUAAUGGACCUGAAGCUCCAGGCUGAGGACAACUUUGUGCUCAAGGUGGUUCAGCUGGAGGAGCUCCUGGCCGUGCGACACUCCGUGUUCGUGGUGGGCAGCGCCGGCACUGGCAAGUCUCAGGUGCUGAAAUCCUUGCACAAGACCUAUCAGAUCAUGAAACGCCGCCCCGUCUGGGCUGCCCUCAACCCCAAAGCAGUCACAAACGAUGAACUCUUUGGUAUCAUCAAUCCAGCCACCAGAGAAUGGAAGGACG